CCCUGCAGACCAAACCGGAGGACCGCCUGCUGAUUGACCAAGUGAAACCAGUGAAAUUCUGCUUAUGAAAGCACAACUGAUCUUUUCAGCUUUCUCACAUCCAGUUGCAUUUCCUCUCCCGGUGUAAAACAGCAAAGGAACUCUAGUGUGUGUGAGAAAGAGAGAGGAAGGAAGAGGGAGGGAUUGAAAGAGGAAAGUGGAUAGGAGCUGGAGUUUUCUGAGCAUCUGGAUAACUGUCCGGAGAGAAAAGAAGAAAUUGGAUGUACGGAAAACUACCUGAAACCAGAGGGAAAGAACAAAAAAGCUCCACAAAAGAAGAGUGGAGGGCAGAGAAGAGGGGAUUAAAGAGGAGAAAGUUAUUUUCUAACGGGACAAGACGGAGGACUGACCAGCAGGAAUGUUGCCGGUGAUCCUGACGGUUUACCUCAAUGACACCCAGCAGAUGCUAACUGAGGUCCCAGUCACUCCGGCAACCAGAGUGGUGGAUGUGGUCGAAUACUGCAAAGAAGCCGGCGAGGGGGAGUGUCACCUGGCUGAAGUGUGGAAUGGGCAUGAGCGCGUUCUCCCACAGGAGGUGUUAUUGUUGGAUCUCCUCCAGCAGUGGGGAUCCAGGAGGCCGGAGGUCAGCUUCUACCUCAGACACUGCCCCUCCUGGACACAAGGAAGUCUGCAGCCUUUGGAGCAGAGCUGGACCACAGAAGCAACAGAGAGUGCUAAUGACAGGGUUCCUCGAGUGGAGCUGACCCUCUCGGAGCUCCAGGAAAUGGCCACGAGACAACAGCAACAAAUUGAAGCUCAGCAACAGAUGUUGGUCGCCAAGGAGCAGAGACUGAGGUAUCUUCACCAGGGAGGCAGAUCUAACCAGGGACAGACACAGUCUGAAGCUGAGAAGCUGCAGCGGCUGAAGGAGCGAGUGGAGACUCAGGAGGCCAAGCUGAAGAAGAUCCGAGCCAUGAGAGGACAAGUCGACUACAGCAAACUGAUCAACGGAAACCUCUCUGCAGAGAUCGACCAUGUCAGCAGCCUGUUUCAGGAGAAGCAGGCAGAGCUGCAGUCAGCUGUGGUCAGAGUCGACCAGUUGACCCAGCAGCUGGAGGACUUGAGGAGAGGACGCCUUCAGCUACACUCUGUUGCACCAGAUCAGGGGGCACACACUGGCUCCCAGGGGCCACCCACAGGCCAGAAAGGAUCACCGCUGUCUGGUCCUGCAGCCCUGGAGCUGAGGAAACUCUACCAGGAGCUGCAGGCUCGUAACCGUCAUAACCUGGAGCAGAGCAACAAGUUGGCCCAGAACAAGGAGCUGCUGAACAAGAGGAACGCCCAGGUGACGGUGAUGGAUCAACGCAUUGGAGACCUGAGAGAGCGACUGCAUAAGAAGAGAGCCGAAUUGAGUCGUAUGAACGGAGGAGGCCUGUCCUCGCCUCAGACCUCUUCCCACGCAGCAGGGGGAGUUUCAGGGCGAGUCGCAGCUGUCUGUCCCUACAUCCAGGUUCCAGCAGAGGGGAGACAGGAAGCGGGGUACCCUCUGCCAGCUGAUCCACCAUCGAAACCCACCCCGCUCAGCCACAUCCGCUCACUCUCAGCUAAUGAAGCAUCAUGGCCGAGCCUCAGUAAGAGCGUGUCAGACAGGAGGACCAACAGUCCAGAACAGCUUCCCUCUGGUUAUGGUACCUACCCCAGUGCCACCCACCAGGCCGCUGGGCACCACUGUGCCACCAGCUCCCUGCCCCGUUCUGCCCCUGGUACACUGGGCUGGCCGCGAUCCACUGCUGCAAAUGCCACCUCAUCCUCCUCUUCAUCAUCUUCCUCUUCACAACAAAUACAGCAACGGAUCUCUGUCCCCCCAAAUUCAGGCCAAGGCUCCAUGUCGCAACCAUCUCCCUUGUCCCCACAAACAGAGCGAACAGAUCCCCCUCCAGCGGUGGCUGUACGUCCCUACGUCCCGGACCACCCUUCCAGGCCCCAGUCCCCCAGGAAGGGUCCCGCCACCAUGAACAGCAGCUCCAUCUACAGCAUGUACCUCCAGCAGCCUCAGGCUAAAAACUAUGGAUCGCUCAGUAACAGGACAACUGUCAAAGCAGUCUAUGGUAAACCCAUCCUCCCCACGUCCUCCACCUCUCCGUCUCCUGUCCCUUUUCUCCACGGAGGAGGAGGAGUAAGAGCAGGAGGGGAGGAUGCUACAGAUAAAGAAGGAGGGAAAGCAGGAGGAGAGAGCAGUGAUGGGCAGGUCCUCCCACCACCCACUGUGGACAACAUCCCCCGUCCCCUCAGUCCAACUAAGCUCACCCCAGUUGCCCACUCCCAGCUACGUUACCAAAGUGAUGCUGACCUGGAGGUUCUCCGUCGUCGCCUCAGCAACGCUCCACGACCCCUGAAGAAACGCAGCUCAAUCACCGAGCCUGAGGGCCCACAGGGGCCAAACAUCCAAAAACUACUGUACCAGAGGUUCAACACGUUGGCGGGAGGCAUGGAGGGAGGCUCAGGCAAUACCUUUUAUCAGCCGGACUGUAUUUUGGGUGAAAUGGACAACAUCCAUUCAGCGAAUGGGAACGUAGAACCUGGUGACAAGCACGUCGCUAUGGCAGCUGUGGAGGGAGAAGUUCAAAACCUGAACUCGGGCUCCCGCCGAUUGUCCCCUCCUUCUGUUGCGAUAGAAAAACCCAAAGAGACAACAGCAAAAGCAGAAAGUACAAGUAACGUGUCUCUACCGACUCAGAGCAGCCCAUCGCCUGUACCUGAUAGACCGGAGGACCAGAACAACAACAACCAGAGAGGAUCUAGUCCUGCACAGAACUCUGUGGGCCACGCCUCCCCUUCUCCAUCACCUCCUGCCCCGCCUUCACUGCCUAAGGUGAAGCGAACCAACCUGAAGAAGCCGUCGUCGGAGCGAACGGGCCACGGUCUGAGAGUGAAGUUCAACCCUCUGGCUCUGCUGCUGGACGCAUCGUUAGAGGGAGAGUUCGAUCUGGUGCAGAGGAUUAUAUAUGAGGUGGAGAAUCCCAGCAUGCCUAACGAUGAAGGCAUCACUCCUCUUCAUAACGCCGUCUGCGCCGGACAUCACCACAUCGUGAAGUUCCUGCUGGACUUUGGAGUGAAUGUAAACGCAGCUGACAGUGACGGAUGGACUCCUCUGCACUGUGCAGCUUCCUGUAACAGCGUCCACCUCUGUAAGAUGCUGGUAGAGUCGGGGGCCGCCAUUUUCGCCACAACAAUUAGCGACGUGGAAACGGCGGCAGAUAAAUGUGAAGAAAUGGAGGAGGGCUAUACACAGUGUUCACAGUUCCUCUACGGUGUCCAAGAGAAGUUGGGUGUGAUGAACAAAGGCUUGGUCUACACUCUGUGGGACUACACCGCCCAGCAAGCUGAUGAGCUGUCCUUCAGCGAGGGCGACGCCCUCACCGUGCUGCGCCGGCGUGACGACACCGAGACGGAGUGGUGGUGGGCGCGGCUUAAUGACCGCGAGGGAUACGUACCCAGAAACCUCCUGGGGCUGUAUCCAAGGAUCAAACCCAGACAACGCUCACUGGCAUAAAGCCCAGAUAAGGAGCCACGUGCACGCUUACAGAGGGCGCAUGCACAGGGAGAAGAAGAGGCAGCAGCAGCAGCAUGUGGGCAGAAGCAUUAGCCAAGAAAGAAAGAACAAAGGAAGGAGGUAGAAGAGAAAGAAACAAAGACUGAGCUCACAACUUUGAUGGAGCAACUUAUUUUUUCCUGUUUGUUUGGAUAUGAUGAACCACAGAGCCACUUUAUAGUAGAAUCAUUAUAGUUGCUGCAGUUAAAAGAAAUUGCCUGAAACUUGUUUUGAGUAACAGUAGCUUGGCAACUUCACACAAACUUAGCCGCAUGAAAGAAGCUGAAUAGAAAAAAAAUAAAUCUAUAAUUCGGAUGCAGCUUUUCAGCUUAGAACAUGAAAACACAAGCUCGGAUUUAUGAUGCUCUAUCUGACAUUCAUCCAAAUAAUCUUGAUCUUUGAAUGCCACUUUAUUUUUGUAUGGUGUUAAUAAAAAUUUUAAAAAACACCCAGAUGGAGGUUUAUAAAGCCAAGAUCAUCAGCUGCAGAGCAAUGAACGUAGUAUGUUGACGAAAAGAACGCUUUCACACUGUAUGGU